AUGUUACUAGGUGAUACAUCUGAACGGCAAAAAAAACAACAAAAAGAACAAUUAUUACAAAAUACACCACGUCGUCCAAUAUCAAAUGAUAGUACUCAAUCAAUGGAUAAUGCUUAUUCUCUUGAACAUUUAUUUAUAGCAUUACGUCGUCGAAUACGUCGUAUAGUUCAAACAUAUAAUAUUAAAGCAUUUUAUGAUGCAUUAAAAAUUUGUGCACGUAUUUUUCAAUCAUAUGCAAGUUAUAAUUUAAAUACAAUCGAUGAAUUUGCUCGUCGUCUUAGUAAAAAUGCACGUGAUAAUAAAAAAGUUUUAACAAUAAUUGAUCAAUUUCGUCUUCAAUUAGCUGAACUUCGUCAUUGUCAUUCAACAUUUGAAGCUGAAUUAUUAGUUACAACAUUAGCUAUUGAUUUUCAUGAAGAUGAAUCCGAACAUCAACAUCAACAACAACAACAACCAACAGAUUUACCAUUAUCAACAGGAAAAUUUUCUCCACGAAGUCGUGUAUCAAAAUUUCGUGUUCGACAUAUACGACAAGCAACAGAACUUAAAACACAACUAAAACGAACAAAUGAACAAUUACAAGUCUUAUUACUUGAUGAAUUUUAUGCUAAUGUAUCAAAUUUAUGGGAUGAAAGUGAUAAAUAUAUAUCAACAUCAAUACCAUUUCAUGAUCAUCAUAUGACAUAUGUACUUCGUCUUAUACCUGAUAUUGUGUUAAAAUUUGAAUAUGCAUUACAAUUAUGUACAAAAUUAUUUGAUCUUGAAACAACAAUGAUUGAAAGUUAUCCACAAACAAAUCGUUAUAUUGAUAAUAAUCAUAAUACUACUACUACUAAUAAUAAUAAUAAUAAUAAUACAAACAAUAAUAAUAUUAAUAUAAAAACUUUCAAUGACUCAACAUCUGUUACAAUGCUACCUAUAACUCCUUAUUUGGAUAAUAAUCAACAGCAAGAACAAGAGGAAAUACCUGUAGAAGAUGAUUAUCAAAAAAUGAAAUCAAAUAAAAAUAAUAAAAGACCAUCAGCAUUUUUUUCAGCUGAUGUAACAAGUGCUUCAUCUAAUUCAUCAAAUAUUAAAUUAUCACAUCCAAUAAAAAGUCCAAUAAUUUCAAUGCAUCGUGAAGAACCAUUAGAUAUAAUAAGUCAACAUGAUGAUAAUCCAAUAUUUCCUCCAUUAUUUACUUCAUCUGAAAAAUCUUUAGAUUAUAAAAAUGAUCAAAAUAAACUUCAAUUACUUAUUGAACAACUUGAAAAACGUUUAAUUGAUGAAGAAUUAUAUCGUAAACGUCUUCUUAAUUGUGUUAAAUUAACAACUAAAAAAUCUGAACAAUUAAAUCAUUUUCCAAAAAAUAAUAUGUUAACAUUUGUUAUGUCUGAUGAACCAGGGGUUGUUGAAUAUCAAAAAGGUCUUUGUUUAAGUGAUUGUCAAAUUCAUAAAAGUGUUUCUGAUGAAUUAAAUAUUGCUAUUAGAGAAAUACAACAUCGUAUUGAUUGGAUUAAUAUGGUUCGACAACGAGCUCUUCAAUGUCUUGGUGAAUAG